AUAGCACUACCUUUCUCACUGUCGUCUCCGUGAGCCUCAUCUUCGUUCGAUCUCUAGUAUACACGCCGAUUGUGACUCAACAUCAUGGCGCCAAAGAAGGACAAGGUUCCACCACCAUCAUCGAAGCCGGCCAAAUCCGGUGGUGGAAAACAGAAGAAGAAGAAGUGGAGCAAGGGAAAGCAAAAGGAGAAGGUGAACAACAUGGUGUUGUUUGAUCAGGCUACUUACGACAAGCUUCUCACUGAAGCUCCCAAGUUCAAGCUCAUCACCCCUUCCAUUCUCUCCGACCGUAUGAGGAUCAACGGGUCUCUAGCAAGGAAGGCUAUUAGGGAGCUAAUGGCGAAAGGUGUGAUCAGGAUGGUCGCUGCUCACUCGAGCCAGCAGAUCUACACUCGUGCCACCAACACCUAAACAGAUUGACUUUGUCAAUGGUUUGGUUCUCCAGUCUCAUCUCAGUUUUUGCUUUUUGCUGUAUACAUUAAUCUUCAGAGCUCUUUUUUAUUUGGUUUUUCUUUACUACUUUGUACUCGAGAAACUCUUUUUUUGGGAUUAUGUCUACUUAAUUCAGAAUCAUUUUCUAUUUUUGCUCUC